UUACGGCGUGUAGCAUUUCGGGCGAGAGAGGAAAGCCUUCUGUCUCUCUUACGUUCGGAGGCAGCGCGAGCCCCGCGUCACACGUCACUUGAUUAUCUGCGGGCAUAAAAGCGGUCUUCGAAGCGGGACUCGGGGAAGCGCCGUUUCUCGGUUGUCCUGGCAACGAACCGCUUCGCAAGCUUCAUCUGAACCUUCCCCCGCUCCCUUCCUCACGCUGUCCCUGGGGCUUGUAGUUGCUUCUUAGUCGCCGGGGCUGUUGCGUGCACUGCGAAAGGACGGCGUUGGAACUACACAGACCGACAGCCCGCGAAGAAAGCCUAGCCGGAGGGGAGGGGGGCGGCUAUACUUCCCACGCGUCCCAAAUGGAGGGAGUCCCAGAAGCUGUCGGUAUAGCCGGAAGAGUUGCGGCGUGCAGCCCGGGGCCCGGUUGGAGCGAGUCUCCGGAUUCACUGGAUCCCGUGAGGGAAGCCACGGGAGAAUCGGAUUUGGCGCAGUCCCUGGAGCGGUAUCACCGAGGCUUACGCGAUCGUGCUAGUAAAAGCCUUGAUCAAUUGAAAUAUGUCUUCCAUGAAAAAGAUCCGGCCAUAGGCGAAAGUACAGCUACAUUGGAUCAGUUAUUUCCUAAUUCAGGCCAAGAAGUGACUGAAGAUAACGCUUGGCAGGAACUACAGUACAGCCAUGCAGUUAAUCAGCUUAAAGCAUUAUUACGUCAACAAGAAGAAAAGGGGAGUGAAAUGUCACCUUCAAAGAAGAGAGGAAUGUCACCCACAAGAACAUCCAAAGCUACCGAUCACAGUUUGCCUGCCCUUUCUGAACUUGUUCCCAUCAUUAAUGAUCAGUCUCAAUAUAUCAAUCAUUUAGAAGCUGAAGUCAAGUUUUGCAAGGAAGAAAUAUCUGAAUUGAAAGCACGUAUACAUGUUAUUGUAGUUGAAAAUGAGAAGCUACAAAAUGAUCUGAAGAUGGAAACAGAGCGGACCUUGAGAGAGCAAACUAUCCUCAAUGCCUCAACUCUACUUGCAAAAUCUGGUGGUAUAAAUGGUGAUCAUUCUCAUAUUUGUGGAGCUGCUAAAGCAUCUUGUCAUGUCAUUGAGCAAGCCAAGGCACCUCCACUGGAAUUGGAAAAGUGGCAACAGGAAUUGGAGAAACUAAAAUAUCUUCAUGAAGAAAAGACGGAAGUGUUUGAAGCUCAGAUACAGUCUUUACGAAAAGCUUUAUCAGAGUCACAAAAAAACUGUGAAGAGCUGAGGGGACGAUUAAAACAUCAGCAUUUGAUCAAUGCAGCAAAUAGUUCUAAUAGGCCUGGUGGUCUCUGCUUAAAUUGUGCACAGCAUGAAGCAGUUCUUUCCCAGACUCAUUCAAAUGUCCAUAUGCAAACCAUUGAAAGACUAACAAACGAGAGAGAUGAGUUAAUGGCAGCACUUUCUACAAUAAGAAGAAACUUAAAUGAUAUGCAACAGAGAGAAUGCAGUGCUUAUGAACAAGUGAAACAAGCAGUACACAUGAGUGAAGAAGCUAAUUUGGAAAAAACCAAGGCUUUAAUUCAAUGUGAACAGCUUAAAAAUGAAAUGGAGAGACAGAAAGAUCGCCUUGAAAAAGAAUUAGUGCUUCAGCUAGAUAAGAGAGCUGGAGAGCGCGAAGCAGUUCGUGAAGAAAUGAAGAAAGAAAAAGAAAACCUGUCAUCACUGGUAAUGUCGUUAUCUCAGAAUGUUGCUGGUCUGGAGUCUCAGAUUGACAGGAUUACAAGGGAAAAGAUCUCCCUAACCAAUCAGCUGGAAGAAGCUCAGAACCACCAUUCUUCUCGUGAAAUGGAAAUCAAUAAGGUGUGUGGAGAAAUACAUUACGAAUUGAAUCAGACCAAAAUGAAGAAGGAUGAAGCCGAAAAGGAACACAGGGAGUAUAGGACAAAAACAAUAAGGGAACUUGAAAUUAAAGAUCAGCAAAUUGAGAAAUUACAAGUAUUGCUUCAUGAAAACAAACAGCGCUUAGAACAAGCACAGCAGGAUACUGCAAAAGCUAAGGAGGAAUGUCUGAAACUAACAGAAUUGCUGGGCAAAGCUGAGCAACAACUGCAUUUUCUCAGAUUAGAAAAAGAGAACAUUCAGCAUAGCUUUAGCAAUGAGGCAAAGACUCGAGUCCUUCAGGCUCAGCAGAGAGAGCAGGAUCUGACACAGAAGAUGCGGCAAAUGGAGGCCCAGCAUGAUAAAACUGUAAACAAACUGGAAUCGUUAUUGAGUUCCCAGAAUGCUCUUCUAUCAAAAUUAAAAGAAGAAUGUUGUCAAUUAGCAAAGAAGUUUGAACAUGUCACUGAAAGAAAAAGGUCGGAAAUCAGCCAGCUUAGUCAGGAAAAUGAGUAUAUCCAUGACAGACUUGAGAAGGUGCAGAAAAGGCAUGAUGAAUUGGAGGAUCAGUGUAUCCAGCAUGGAAGGAUGCAUGAGAAAAUGAAACUAAGAUUACAUCAACUUGACAAGCAUUGCCAGUCUUCUGCCCAGCAGCUUGUAGAAUUACUCAACAAACAGAAUGAGUUAUACAAGGAGCGGCAGAUGCUUACAGAAGAGGUGGAUUUUCUGCAGACUCAGUUAUCCUCUGUCCCACAGCCAUAGUUGAAAACGUUUCGGGGAAGACAUCAGAGAAGAAAAAUGCCAAUCACCUUUUUUCAGCAUAAAGACCUGAUGUGCUUAUAUCGUUAAACAUUUGUCAAUGUCUUCCCUUGCUGGGAAAGUCAUCCCAUCUGUCUUGGACUCAAUAACAUUUUUGUGCUCUCUCAAGAAGACAAUUCUGAUUGUUUAUACUUUUAGAUGAUUUGACACGUGCAGUCUUUUUGGAUGGAACUUGAAACAUGCAGAUAAGUUAUACUGGAUCAAAACCAGCUUUAAAUGCAGUAUUAUCCCCCCCCCCCCAGUGCUCCUCAUUUUUAUAUCAUUUUUUACCCUGACUAGAGAGGUACGCACAUCACCUUUGAAAUAAAUUAAAGUAUUAUUGUCCCAUGGGUGAGGAACAGUUCCCCCAAUAAGGUUGAAAUCUGUUUCAUCUUUGCAAGAUGAUGAAAAAUUUCUUUUCCUACAGCUCUGGAGCUUAGUAUUGUUGUAGUCUGCAGUAUUUAUAAAUGAUUGCUUUUCUAUCUGAAAGAUCAUAAAUGCAGCUCUCUGAUUGGACUGUAGAGUUGUUUGCACUAAACCUGGUGCUUGAAGACAUCAAUAAUCUUAGAUAUUAGUUUAAAAGUCAGAUAAAUGACAUUCUCAAUGGUUUUAUAAAUAAUUCGAUGAUCGUUGAUUUUUCAUGUUUUCAUAUAAAUGAGUAAUAUAUAUAUAAUAUAAUCCCUAGACAAAACUCUAUUUGAGGUUGGAAUUCGUACAUACAUCAUAUUCUCCUUAGAACUCGAUAUGAUGGUAGCAAACCUUUAUGUUUAAUAAAUGUCAGUCUAGGCAAACAUACAUGGUUGGGCUGAAUUGAAAGAACAAAAAAGAGAUGGCAGUGGAAGUAGCUGAUUUUUCAGUCCGUUUGUGGCUUUACCAUCUGCCUAGGACUCACAUCUAUAAAUAAGUCUUAAAGUAUGGAUUUGUCCUAGCACCACAAAGCCAGCAUCUUUGCCGCAAGUGUUCUUCAGCAGAUACAGGAUAUGAAAGAGUUGUGCUGUUCUGGGAUACCAGCACUGUUUUUGAUUUGAUUUUGUUGUGACAAUCAUAGGCAUAUGGAACUGCCAGCAUCUCUGACCAAAUUCCCUGCAUGUUCCAUCUCUUGGAGCAAUUUUCACAGAAAAAAUAGUUUACCUGUCCAAUAUUAGUACCUUAGUCCUCCACCAUCUCCCGAGCAAGUGGAAAAUGUUCCUCAGCCUGGCUUCAUAAUUGGUGAAGAAGGAAGAAGGGAGGUUAUUAAUAUUCCCAGAUUCUGGAAAGGGGCGAGGUUGAUUAAAAAUAGGACAGGUUCAGAACCUAUGCACAUAUCUGGGAGAAAGGGAGCUGUCUGUUGUUCAUCAAAUAGUUAUUACAGUAUGAAGAGAAUGAAAACAACUUCAGCCUAGAAAGCUCAGAAAUUGGGUUUGAAGAUUUAGUAAUCGCCUUCCUUAUUUAAUAAUCUUUGUGAGAUUCUUUUACUUGACUGUCAGUAAUGUAUCAGAGGCAGAUAUGAGAACCAAUUCAAUUGUUUCUGGGUUCUCUCUGGAGAACUUUAGCUGCCAUAAAGCAGGAAACCUGGUUAAUUUUACCCUCUCCUUCCCACUGUUUUGUGUUCCAUAGCAUGAAGCAGACUUGAUAUUCUGGUUGUCCAGUCAGGGCAGAAGCCUCAUUUUAGGUCAACGGAUUAUUCUUAAGAGUUUAAAAAACAAAGUGUCUGGAGAAUCAGGUUUCCAAGCUCUCACAAAAGAAGCUAUAGCCAAAGAGGCCAAAGACCAGAAAUGGAUGAUCCCACAGAACCAAUUGGAGCCAAAUAAGUCACAUCCUUCCCCCCCCCCGCACCCGCAAAGACCACUUUACCUCCACCUUCCUCCUCUCUGCAGGGUAUAAUAUCUAAAUAGAAUGUUUUCCAUUUUCUUGUGUAAAAUAUCUUUUUCUGCUGGUUCUCAUUGUUCAAGGCAGUGGUAACAAGAUGGAGACUCUGUAGUGAGGGCAUGUCAACAAAUGCUGAAUCAGGGCAAGAAAGCUGUGGAGCUGAGCCUUUUAACAUUUCUGCUGGAGAAACAAUGAACUAUUUUUUUAAGUUGGGGGAAAAAGCACAGUGUGGCAGAGGGGAAAAGUGUGUGUGUGUGGGAGAGGGAGAGGGAGAGGGAGAGAGGGAGAGAUCUUUUAUCCUGCAGCUUAAAGAUAGUGAUGAUGUAGAAAUAUUACAGCAAAACUGUAGUUGGUCUGUUUUUAUAAGAAGACACACAUGUAUUUUGAAGCUGAAAAUAUCUCACUCUAUUUUAAAAAAGUAAAACAUUGUAUUUGCAAAUCAAGAUAUUAGAAUCUAAAGUUGUAUUUAUAUUCAGUGCACCUAGAUUCCAUAUAGCCCCAUGUACAUUCUUCCACAUUAAAAAACUAAAUGGAUGUAGCUCUGUACUUUGCUUCUAAAUAGGUCCACCUGCCAAGGAAGCAUACAUUUAAAAAACAGGGCUAAUAUGGAGGUUGAUGUGGGGUAUCCUGAGCAUCUAGAAUGUCUUGAAUGAUGCCCAUGAUGGUUAUAGUCACCAAGGUAAGAAUUUAAUAAAAAUGUGAGAAAUUAAAUCAAUGUUGGACUCCUAGGCAAAAGUUCUAAUUUUAUUAUAAAUCUACCUAUAAUCAAAAGUCGACUUGGGAUGGAGAGAGUGCACAAACAAGUGGGUUGACUAGCAAGAGGAAAAAUGUGUCAGCUUGUAGUGGGGAAAGGAAGGGCAAGUAUGACAACCAAUCUUUGAUCAAAGUCUUAAGUUGUUGAACAAACUGACUUCUGAAUAAAUAUUGCUAGAGCUAUAACUGAAAUGUGACAUUUGGUUGCAAAAUAGAGAUCACAGGACUGCACAGUAUUGUUUCAAUGCAGAAUCUGUACCAAAUAAUAAAAUGAAAGUUCUUGGAAAUCAAAUAAUAAUUGACUAUUUGAUAAAUGGUGACUCAUAGCAAGGUUUUAGUUAUGAUUAAAAAUUAUAAAUACUGAAUUGUCCAAGGCAAUCUUAUUUAAACCCUUCAUACACAGUGCUUUAAAGGGUGCUUGGAAAUGAAGAAGGACCAAUAACACAUUUGCUUUGGAUAUUAAUUAACAUGGCAAUAAUUUCAUUUCACCCUUAUAAAUAUGUAAUAAAUAUUUAUUAAAUACAUGAAUAAAAUGUUUCUUAAUAUUAUCCACCCUGAAUUUUCAGCAGUAGGAUAGAUUUAAAAAAACAACCCAAAUAAAUAAAUGUGUACAUGCUUGACAGAAGUAAACAGAAGUGUAACAUUAUGUCAUUUUAUAACUAAAAAUGACUAGCAAAUAUGCAAUUAUUAGAAUUUCCUGGAGCAAUAACUCAAAGUCUAGCAUGGAAUCUUAAUUUAUGUGUUUUAAUUGGAAUAGUUACAUACCUCUGGUCAUAAAAUGUUUUCAUGGUAUAAUAAAUAUUGACUUAACUGAGAAAUCAUGAUUACAUAUAACUAAGGCACAGUCCAGACAAAGUUAAGGUUUGUGAUCCCAUUGAUUUCAGUGGGAAGGUUCCAGCACAUGCAUAACCCUGUUUUUCCUCUUAAAAUAUUCUUUUUACCAUUCGGUGUCCCUCAAGAAUUUGUUCCCACCUCACCUAACCUUGCAUUCAUUCUCCAAACUCAGCAACCACUAUCUUCCAACUAGUAGUAGUAUUUUUCCUAGCUCUUACCAAUCUUUCAGAUAUUUAAGAUCCUACAUGUAUUUAGACAGAACUACAUAUUUCUGCCUGUAUUUUUAUUUUCCAUUACUUCCAUUUCUUUCUUUACCAAGUACACAUCCUUUUAUUCCUUUGGUUCUCUUAAGCAUUCUGCUGUUAAAUGUUCUGAGUUUUGCUAAUCUGUUUCUCAAGCAUCCCUGGCAAAUAUUUGUUCACACAUGCUGAUUCAUUCUUGAUAAACGUAUCAGGUGAUUACUUACAGGUAUAAAUGAAUUCUCACUUGUAAAUGAUUACAAACAGAAUUCACAUACUGUAUUUCUUUUUGUCAGUUUAAAUAAGACAGUUCACAUGUGAAGCUGAUGGUAAAAAACACUAAGUACGGAUUAUGUAAAUGAACACAACAACUGAUUGUUGAAUCUCUAUGCAUUGAUUCAUUGCUACUUGAACUCUCAUAUGCUAUUCUUGUCUUCUUUUAGCAUUUCCAAAUUGCCUUAAGUCUGAUUUGACUUCUGGCCACUGAGUCUCUGGAAACCUGCACUCCUCUGUUUUUUCAAUUCACUGUUUCAUUUGAGAAUGUUUCCUCUUCCAAUUGGGCACCUGAUGACUUCAGCAGUGUAGAUACUAAGUCUAAGUUCAUUUCAGGUAUAAAGCUAUUCUGGAGACUGUGGUUUCCAAUAAUUGUGAUCCAUAAAAACGGCAUUGUUUUAUUUUGCAAUGAAAACUUAAAAUCAAAGCAGUUUGAAAACAGGGUACUUUAAAGGCCAAACACUAAGCUGUUUAAAGAGCCAAACAUUGUUGUAAGUGCCUGACUAAAAAGUGUGAUCAUUGUUUGGGAACUCAUCAUCCAAGCAAUUCAGAAAAAAUCACUAAAGAUGGACCUUUUCUGUGAUGGUACCAUAAUUUUUAACUCUUCCUCAGAAAUAGAUUAUUUUUCCACUUUGAUCUGCAAAAACUAUUUUAUUGCUACAAGUUUCAGUUUCUACAACAGUUUAUCCCAGUUAAAAUACUUGCAGCUACUUUUUUAUACUGCGUUACCAUAUUUCAAUGCUCUAUUUCUAGUUCUUGCUGAUUAUAUAAUUAAAUUGUAUGCCUUUUUGGAUAACUUUACAGAAGAGUGGGGUAACUGUCUGGCAUUCUUUCUGUAGCAGAUACAGCAAAGGUCUGAAGAUCCAGGAUGAAACAACCUUACAACAAUAGAACUGACUGCUAUUAGAUGGGAUAAUAAUAAUAAUAAUAAUAGAAUAAUAACAGAACGACACAGUUGGAAUGGAGCUUGUAAACAGUCCAACCUCCUGCUCAAGCAGGAGACCCUAUACCAUUUCUGAGAGAAUUCCCAGAAGCUUAACCCAUGGGACUUGAAAUUCCAUGAAAGCAAAACAAAAUGUAUAUAUAACAGCAACAUUACAUUAUA